AUGGAACCACCGAGUUUUCAUCCGUGCGAUGAAGCGGUCAUUUCGACGAACGAUGAUGCCAGCAACUGCAAACGGUCCGCGGUGAAGCUGGGCUACUGGAAGGACGACUUCAUCGCACACUUUGUGCGCAACCCGGAUCGCAAAGCACCCGAAAUAAACCGGGGCUAUUAUGCACGCGUCAAGGGUAUUGAAAUGUGCAUUGAGAAGUUUUUCAAGAAAACGGGAGACAAAUGCCAAAUCGUUAAUCUGGGCUGCGGUUUCGAUACGCUGUACUGGAGGCUGCGGGAGGCCGGCCACAUGGUGACAAACUUCGUCGAGCUCGACUUUCCCAACGUUACCUCCCGCAAAUGUUACCAAAUCAAGCGUAACAAAAUUUUGCUUGAAAAAAUUCACGUUGAAGAUGGCGAAGUGCGUCUCAGUCCGACCGAUCUUCACUCAACGAACUACCACAUAGUAGGCGUGGAUCUUCGCAACAUCGAAGAGGUCGCGCUGAAGCUGCAACAGUCGGAGAUUGAUUACAGUGUGCCGACCAUUUUCCUUGCCGAGUGCGUACUGGUGUACAUUGAGCCACAGAACUGUCACAACCUGCUGAAAUGGUUCGCUGCCAACUUCAAGACGGCUGCAUUCGUGAACUACGAGCAGGUCAACAUGAACGAUCGGUUCGGUGAGGUGAUGCUGACCAACCUACGACAGCGAGGCUGCAGUUUAGCCGGUGUGGAUUCAUGCGUGUCGCUCGAUGCGCAAAUUUCCAGAUUUCUGCAAUGCAAUUGGCACGGUGCCAGAGCGUGGGAUAUGGUACAAAUCUACCACAGUAUUCCCGCUUCCGAACGAGCACGAACCGAACGGAUUGAAAUGCUGGACGAGGCAGAGCUGUUGGUGCAGCUGUUUCAACACUACUGCAUGUCGAUCGCCUGGAUAGGGGAUUUAUUUCAGGACAUAGAGAUCACGGUAGAAAAACAACUCUCCUCACUGAAUAUAGAUUAA